GUAUCAAUGGAACUUGCCCUAUCUUCCAUCUUCUCAUUGUCAAUAACACAUCAUGCACCCAAUCAACAUAAUCAGCCUUUCCCAUUAGGGCCCGGCUAUCAUAUGGUGAUCCGAGAUGCAGAUUGAGGUUGCGCCGAACGUGCUUAUCGCAUACCGCAAGCAGGAAUCAUGCCAGGAUUGCCACUACUACGCCUCGAGGUAAUGCAAGCGCGCUUCUAACAUGGAUCUAUCGCAUUCAAUCUGAAGCAGGGCUACAAAAGAAGCAAGAAUCCGUCGUCUCUGAAAUGUGAGUACUCUCAUCAUCUACUUACCUAGGUACAUAUCUCCUCCACAGACCAUGGGCAACGACAAAGACACCAAGAUCGCAGAAGCCGAUCCACGAUCAGUGGCUACUGCUGAGGUUGGAUCGAUUCGUGAAUACACUUCCCUUCAUGUCGAUGGUCUCGAUCCAGUCUUCGAGAACCAGGCCCGACUAGUCAAUCAUGCAGUCCAAGUCAUCGGCAUGGGCAAGUACCAAUGGGCUUUGUUUGGUCUGUGCGGUUAUGGCUGGCUAUGCGACCAGCUUUGGCAAACAACAAUCUCCGACGCCCUUACCCAGGUAGCACUUGAAUUCAACCCCAAGCAUUCCGCCUUUCUGUCCCUGGCUUUGAUUGCUGGUCUUGUGGUUGGCGCCUCGUUCUGGGGACUUGGAUGUGACCUCAUAGGACGACGCCUUGCCUUCAACCUGACCCUGCUGAUUGCUGGUGUCUUCGGUACUGCUGCUGGUGCCGCUAACAGCUUCAUUUCUUGCGCUGUCCUAGUGUCUUUCUGUGGCUUUGGAGUGGGAGGAAAUUUACCCGUGGACAGUGCCGUCUUUCUCGAGUUCUUACCUGGCACUCACCAGUACCUCCUCGAGAUACUGGCAUUGUGGUGGGCCAUUGGUCUGGCCAUCCCUGCCGGUGCUGCCUGGGGGUUCCUUCCGCGUUACUCGUGCGCCUCGGACACUCCAGCUGGUCAAUGCAAAAAGGCCGACAACAUGGGCUGGCGAUACCUCAUGUACACCAUGGGUGCCAUCACACUAUUCGCCUUCUUCCUGCGCUUCUUCCUGUUCCGACUACGUGAGAGUCCUCGCUACCUCAUCGGACAAGGACGCUAUCAAGAAGCCAUCGACGUUCUGAACGACGUAGCCAAGUACAAUGGGACCACCCAGCCCCUGACUGUGGAAGACCUAAUCCAGGUCGAGCGAGACUUUGCCGAAAGCCACAACAUUGCACCUGUCAACAAGAAGACGGCCGUGAAACGAACACUGGCACAAUUCCGCCCGGGCGGCCUCAAGCAUAUUCGUGCUCUUUUCGCCUCCAAGAAACUUGCAUACAGCAUGGUUUUGAUCCUUCUUGUCUGGGGCAUGAUCGGACUGGCUUCACCCCUCUACAGCAACUUCCUGCCCGAAUAUCUUGCCUUGCACGGCGCCCAGAGUGGUUCAGACAGCAUCAACAUUACCUACCGCAAUAACUUCAUCAUUCUCGCCUGCACCAUCCCCGGUACAUUGAUCGCUGGUUGGCUAAUCGGUCUUCCAUACAUCGGACGACGAGGCACACUCGGUCUUUCCUUGAUCUUGACGUCCGUCUUCCUCUUUGCCUUCACCAGGGCUCGCACACAGGCGCAGAUCCUGGCGUUUAAUUGCGUCUCCAGUUUCGUGCAGUAUAUCAUGUGGGGAGCCUUGUACUGCUACACGCCCGAAGUCAUUCCCAGCAUCCAUCGUGGCACGGGCACAGGGCUGGCCGCUGCAUUCAACCGUAUCUGUGGUCUCAUGGCACCUAUCAUUGCAACAUAUGUCGGAUAUACGAACACUCCGAUCUAUGUGUCGGCCAGCUUGUACAUUGUUGCUGGUUUGCUGAGUUUCUUGUUUCCAUAUGAGACGAGCGGCAAGGCAAGUUUGUGAACGAGGAGAAGGAGAAUCUUGGAGAUUGGCAAGGGAAACAGGUUAUAGAUCACAUGUCGUCUGUAAAUGAUGUUAUACACAUGACUCACC